AUGCUUCAGCUUUGGAAACUUGUUCUCGUAUGCGGCCUGCUCACUGGGACCUCAGCAUCCCUUCUUGGAAAUCUUGGCGACGAUCUGAGUAAUACCGUGAACAAGCUGAAACCUGCUGUUGAGAAAGGACUCGAGACCUUUGACAAUACACUUGACUCUGUCCUUCAGAAACUGACCGCUGACUUCAAGAAGUUUCAGGAAUCCAAGGCUUGGCACCUGACUCAGGAGAAGGUGCAGGAAGUGAAGAACUUGGUGAAAGAUGCUUUUUCUAAGAUCACACCAGCUAAGGAUGAGACUGUGGGGUUGAACUUCAUUAACUCCCGCAACCUGAAAAUCAAAGUGGAACUGACUCCUGAUGGCGAAGGCAUUAACAUAACGGUCCCCAUCGUCGCUAAUGUCACCCUGGCCCUGCCUGUCAUUGGCAAGGUCAACCCGAAGGCCUCACUGGACUUCCUGACACCUGUCAGAGUUGCAAUCGAUCCCCAGACCGGCACCCCCCGAGUGAUCAUAGGGAAAUGCAGCAGUGACCCCAACCGCAUCGUGCUGGACAGCCAAAAUGCUAUGAUUGGGAAGACCAUGAACACCGUGAACAGCUACUUGACAAAGACCAUGUCCCUGCUGGUAGAGAAGGAUGUGUGCCCACUGAUCCAUGCCUUACUUUCCACCCUGGAUGCGCCUCUUGUUCAGGACCCCAUUGAUAAAUUUCAAAAGGAAAACCACCUGCAAAACGAUGUCUGA